AGUCAUUAGUUGUGAAGCAGAAGAAGGGGAACAAAAAGUUUAGCAGUGAAGGAUGAAGAAAUCCUGUUUUGCUUUAGUUCCAUUCCUAUCAGCAAUAUUGCUGCUAAUCAUAGAUCGGUGCUCAUGUUUGGACCGUAGCCAUUUCCCUCCUUCUUUUCUCUUUGGAACUGCAACUUCUUCUUAUCAGAUUGAAGGAGCAUACUUGGAAGACAAGAAAGGGCUCAGCAAUUGGGAUGUAUUCACCCACUUAUACUCUGGAAAAAUUGCAGAUGGAAGCAAUGGGGAUGUAGCUGAUGAUCACUAUCAUCUGUUUUUGGAUGAUAUAGAGUUAAUGCAUUCCCUUGGAGUAAAUUCGUACAGAUUCUCCAUUUCAUGGGCCAGAAUCCUUCCACAGGGUAGAUUUGGAGAAGUCAAUCAAGAGGGAAUUGCAUUUUAUAAUAAGCUUAUUGAUGCUCUUUUAAUCAAAGGAAUAGAACCAGUUGUUACAUUACAACAUUUCGAUGUUCCUCAAGAAUUAGAAGAUCGUUAUGGCGCUUGGCUGAAUUCUCAAAUACAGGAUGAUUUCGGCUAUUUCGCAGAUAUUUGCUUUGAGGCUUUUGGGGACAGAGUGAAAUAUUGGAUUACACUGAAUGAAGCUAACAUGGUGGCGCAGUAUUGCUAUUACAGUGGAAUAUGGCCACCAAAUCGAUGCUCUUACCCUGCAGGCAAAUGUAAAGCUGGGAACUCUGACCUGGAACCCUAUAUUGCUGCUCAUAAUAUGAUAUUGGCACAUGCCAUAGCAACUGAUAUUUACAGGAAAAAGUAUCAGGAAAAACAAGGAGGAAAAAUUGGCAUUGUAUUGCAUAUCUAUUGGUAUGAGCCAUUGAGAGACAUUCCAGCAGAUAGAGUGGCUGCUCAACGAGCUCUAGCUUUCAUUGCCGCAUGGUUUAUGGAUCCUAUCAUGUUUGGAGAGUACCCACCAGAGAUGCAACAGAUUGUGGGUCUAAGAUUACCAGCAUUUUCAGCAGAGGACAAGAGGAAACUGGCCAAUAAAUUAGAUUUCAUCGGAAUCAACCACUAUAGCACCCUCUAUGCAAAGGAUUGUCUAUUGACACCAUGCAAUUAUCACGAUGAUUUACUUAAAGAUACAUUUAUUUAUGGGACUGGAGAGAAAGAUGGAAUUCUUAUAGGAGACCCAACAGCAAUGCCUACUUUCUAUGUUGUUCCAAAUAGCAUGGAGAAGACAAUCAUGUACUUCAAAGAUAGAUACAAUAACACGCCCAUGUACAUCACAGAAAACGGAUAUGCACAGCCCAGCAGCAAAAAAAUUGAAGAUAUGCUCAACGACACGAGCAGAGUAGAAUACAUGGAAGGUUACCUGACUUCUCUAAUUUCGGCUAUCAGGAACGGAGCAGACGUGAGGGGCUACUUCCAUUGGUCUCUGAUAGAUAAUUUCGAGUGGACUUAUGGUUAUACAAUAAGCUUCGGAUUGUAUCAUGUGGACCGCACGACAAUGCAAAGAACACCAAAAAGAUCAGCAAAAUGGUUCCAGCAGUUCCUGAAAAAUAAAUCUGGUGUCCUCCAUGCCCAAGAAUAGCAACAGAUCAAUGAUAUUGUGUAAUCUUAGAUUGUUUAAAAGAUAGAGAGUGUGCAUAUAUAUAUAUAUAUAUAUAUUCAUAUUUAUUAAUUCAUUUAAUUCA